AUGGGAAUGCCAAUGAGGAGACUCAAGAGAAAAAUCACUCAUCAGGGAAAUUCCAUACUUCACAUGGUUGGUGUAAAAGAGGACACUGAAAUUGCAGAUAUGAGAAGCCCUGCUUUGCUAUUGCAAGAGAAUUUGCUCUUGUUUGAGCGUGUGAAAAGCGUCUGCUCAGCUGAUUUUUUCGAAAUUAUUAAUGAAGAAGGCAAGACAGCAGAAGAGUUAUUCACUAAAGCAAAUGCUACACUACGUUCAGAAGCGAAAGACUGGCUUAAACGCACAGCUGAGAACUGUACAAUAGUUGCUGUGCUCAUUGCAACAGUGGCUUUUGCCGCAGCCUAUACUAUUCCAGGUGGUCCAAAUCAAAGCACGGGUUAUCCCGUCCUCUUGGCCCAACCGUUCUUUGUGAUUUUCACUAUCGGAGAUGUGCUUUCCAUUACCUUUGCUUUGACCUCAAUGAUCACUUUUCUCUCAAUUCUCACCUCUUCAUUUCUGUUGCAUGAAUUCAGGCGGUCGCUUCCUCAGAAAUUAAUUCUAGGAGUUACCCUCUUGAUUCUUUCUGUGUCCAUGAUGAUGUUAGCAUUUGCAUCGACUAUAAUCUUGAUGAUUCACUAUAAGGAAAGGUGGACAAAAAUUGCUUUAUCUUCCAUGGCAUUCCUACCUGUGACCAUUUUUGCAGUUUCAUAUUUUCCUCUGUAUGUGUCAUUAUGGAAAAACUUUAACUACUCGUUAAGGAAAUUAUCCAGGGCAUUCCCUCGAUGCAAGAUUCUAUCAGGAAAGCCUCGCGAUGAUUCCCCUUUGACAAUCUCUUCCAGUCUCCAUGAGUCUGGAUCUACUAAAUUUGGCAUUUCCACAUCCUACUAUUAG